UUCUUACGGUCUCAUAAACAGGCCAAACAGAAAUGAAGCUGAAGCUUAUCCACUGAUGCUUUUGAGUCUGCCAUGUCAACAGAAAUUGAAUAUUCCUUCUGCGUUAGUUUCCCUUCCUUCGAAAGUGCCUUCCCCCAGGAAUAAGUGAUACCAUUAAAGCAUCACGUUGUGAUUCCAAACCCGGUGAUGCCCGUUUGACUCUUGUGAAAAACCCUUUAGGACAGGCUGUAUGCAGGCAAGCAGCAGUUUCCAGGGUUGCUGUGACCCCAGGAAGCCUCGUUCAGCCCAUUACGUUUGGCUUUGGGCCGUGGUAGCUUGUCAGAGCUCCUUGUCUAAUUCUUCUUGGGCGUGCUUCAGGCUUGGCCACGUUUCCAAUGCGAUGAUGCAGAGGAUCUGGGUGAUAGGCUGCUGUCCUGUGCCAGUACUGUCAUGUAUUGCUGGGAAGUGCUUGAAUGGUUGGAGUGAUGUAGAUGUGUGGAGUAGAAGUUAUGUACAGGGCACGUGGAAGAGCAGCUUGUUCUGUGUAUCAGUUUUGCUUAAUCUGAGCUCAUGGGGGGCUUGUUGCUGCUUGUCCAGGCGGUUUAUGAUGACUUAGAUGAAUGCUUAUUGUUAACGCCAAGAUUUCUGCCAAAAAAGCGCCGGCUUCGUCAUCUUCGCAACAUUGCUGCCCGUAACAUCAUCAAUAAGAACGGUUACCGCCUCUUGGACACGUACUUCACUCUUCACCUGUGUGAUAACACCAAGAUAUACAAAGAGUUUUAUAAGAGUGAAGUGAUCAAGAAUUCUCUGAAUCCAACCUGGAGGAGCUUGGACUUUGGGAUAAUGCCUGAUCGUCUUGAUACGUCCGUCUCGUGUUUCGUUGUGAGGAUCUGGGGUGGCAAGAAGGAGCACUUCCAGCUUCUCAUUGAAUGGAAGGUCAAUCUGGAUGGAUUGAAGUACUUGGGACAGCAGAUACAUGCAAGAAACCCGAACGAGAUUAUUUUUGGUCUCAAUGAUGGUUAUUACGGAGCUUCAUACGAACAGAAGGAUCACUCAGGUACCCUGAAGAACAGUCUUCUCCAGGUGGAUCAGAACUGUGUUCGUAACUCUUACGAUGUCUUCUCUUUGCUUAGGCUUCACAGAGCCCAGUGUGCAAUUAAACAGACUCAGGUAACUGUUCAGAAAAUAGGAAGGGAGAUUGAAGAAAAGCUGAGAUGCACAUCUACAAGCAAUGAACUGAAAAAGGAGAGUGAAUGUUUACAGUUGAAGAUCCUGGUGCUACGUAAUGAACUGGAGAGGCAGAGGAAGGCCCUUGGUCAAGAAGUAGCUUUGCUGCAUAAGGGAAGGAAUACUUUACACGACAAAGGAAAUGAAUUUGAGACCGAGUACCGGAAGCUUCAGAAGCAUAAUGAAUCCUUGCAUGAAUUAAGAAAGGAAUGCACUGCAAAGAGAGAACUGUUUCUGAAGACAAGUGCCCAGCAGACCAUUCGAUGCAAGCAGCUGCUCUCAGAGCUCUCCUAUAUCUACCCCAUCGAUCUGAAUGAUCAGAAGGAUUACUUCGUUUGCGGAGUCAAGCUUCCGAAUUCUGAAGACUUUCAAGCAAAAGAUGACGGAAGCAUUGCUGUUGCCCUGGGCUACACCGCUCAUUUGGUUUCGAUGAUAUCCUACUUCUUACAAGUGCCACUCAGGUAUCCCAUCAUUCACAAGGGCUCCAGGUCUACAAUCAAAGAUAACAUCAACGACAAACUGACAGAGAAAGAGCGAGAAUUUCCUUUAUACCCAAAAGGAGGAGAGAAGCUUCAGUUUGAAUAUGGAGUAUAUCUUCUCAACAAAAAUAUAGCACAGCUUAGAUAUCAACACGGGCUGAGCACUCCAGAUCUAAGGCAAACUCUUCCUAACCUGAAAAACUUCAUGGAGCUCGGGCUCAUGGUUAGAUGUGAUCGGCACCACACAUCCAGUGCAAUUCCAGUUCCAAAGAGGCAGAGCUCUAGCUUCGGCAGAUUGGAUGUUGGCUUUUCCAGUGGGCUUCCUUCUCCGGAUAAAGGACUCCGAAAACGAGCCAGCACGGGAAACGAGAGACUGCAGUACAAAACUCCUCCUCCUAGUUACAACUCGGCGUUAACGCAGCCUGUAGCCAUCGCAGCCCGUGUGGGAGAAUUAGAUAAAAAACCCGGGUCGAUAUCUUCUUCCCUCGAUACCUCCAUGGACUCCUCGAAAGGAAAUAAGAAGGGAGAGGACUUGUGCGGCAGUUUAAAUGGAGAAAACGGGAGCCUAAACAACACCCAGGAUCAGCAGGAGUCUUUCCUAGGACAUAGUAGUGCAAUAAACGGGGCGUUGCUGCCCGGUGAGUGUUCCAGCACCGCAAGCAGCGAGCAGCCUUGUGAGUUUCGGCCCUCGCUCGGCCCCGUCCUUUGCUGCACCGUGGAGCAAGCAGAGGAGAUAAUGGGGUUGGAAGCGACAGGGUUCACCACGGGAGAUCAGCUAGAAGACUUGAACUCCAUCCCGGUGGAGCACGCCGUGGCGGUGGAGUGCGAUGAACAGGUCCUAGGGGAGUUUGAGGAGUUCUCUCGGAGGAUCUAUGCACUGAAUGAAAACAUGUCCAGCUUCCGCAGGCCGCGUAAAAGUUCGGACAAGUGAGCUGGGGCAGGGGUUUUGGUAGCGGACGUUGAGGUGGAAUCAGUGAUCUGGAAUAGAGAUAAAAUUGCACUUAUUCUUUAUAUUAAUUAUAUAAAUAUAUAUAAAAAAAAAAAAAGCUAAAGCUAUCCCAAUGGUGUUAGAACAAACGGACUUGUUACUGAGCACGAUAACACAGGAUCAUGGUAUAUUCACAGCCCAGGAAAAUUUUGAUUCUGCUUCCAGCCCUCUUAUAUCUGGUAUUUAUAACCUGUUGGGUUUUGUUUAUUUUUCGGCAGUGGAGUCCAUUUGUAAGUGCUUUCCUGGAAAAAAACCCUUCAAGUGCUGAUCAGGCCCUCCUAUGAAAAUUUGUUUUCUUAAUUAUUAUUUAGAGUUAAACUUAUUUCAAUCUUUUCAGAAGUUAAAAAAAAAAAAGAAAGUGAAUUUAAAAUUACAGUUAUGAUAAGACCUCUUUAUGUUCUCCCAUGCACUCCUGUGCUUUCUCGAGCCGUGCGGUCGGCGUGACAGAAAUGCCAUGAAUUUUGGGUAGUCAGACCGCUUUCUCUCGGCUCUGCUGUGCAGUCCUGGAAGUUUGCACUGAUGGGUCUUCAGCUGAGGGCGUGCACUUGACAGAGAGCUGAGCACCCGUGGUUUCCCUGUGCCUGAUUCAUCAUCUUCACGUUUCCUCCUUUCCUCCACUCUCAGCCGUGUAGAGACCUUGAGGACCCAAUCACCUCCAAGGUUUGUUAGAAAAGUCUCAUUUCUCGUUCUCCAUUUCACUUCACGCGUUCUCUCCAAGCUAAUCAGUGGAAGCCUCACGAGUACACGAUGUGAAUGGGGCUCACCCGCUGUGCUCAGCGCUUGGAAUUAGGCGAGCUUGUGGAAUCACUCCACCCUCCGUAGAAGGGAGGCACUUGGCAUAAUUCACCUAAGUUAAUAUCCCUUGAACCAGACCAUCUGUGCGUUAAGGAAGAGCCUUCCGGCGCUGGCUGGAGCUUUGUUGUGGGGCCACUCACCCCUGGCACGUGUGUUUGGCUAACUAACAGGAAAGCAAUUAGCAGCUCGCUUUGUGAUUCCUGGUAUUUGUUUGAGUUUGGAUUCCAUUGCUCUUGCUUUCUAUAUUGUAUACCCAAGAAUUCAGGCUCGGUCAUGAGCUCUCAAAUAUAAAAAAUAUAUAGCUUCAUCGUGCCUGGCUUUUUUGUUUUCCUCCCUGAUCCAUGCUUUCUUUUGAACCAGUGACCUACUCUCUCUCCUAACGUCACCGUAAAGCUAGUCUAAAUUAACUUCUUAAAAUGUGGAUAUGUGUAAUCUCAGCUAUCUGUUGUCAAGACAAGAUGUGUAUGUGAGAACCAGUAUGCACAAUAGCACCAUUCUAGAAUAUGCAUUUUUCAGGUAACACUUUAAUGACUGUAUUAAAACUAUAUUCACGUUUCUUCUGUUAGCUUUAA